GCAGCCUCAGCGUCGCUCAGCGAUUGUGGCGCUACAAUGGACUCGAGUGUGAUGGAGAUAAUGGAGGAAUUCAUGGAGAGUGCGUUGGUGCAGUGGGUUCAGCUCUUUGAGAAGAUGGUGGAGAUGGAGAACGGUGUCCCACUCUACAGUCAGUACAUUGACGUGAACUCAGUUUCCCACAAUGCCAAGGACUGCUACCUCAAGCUGACCAAUGGGAUUUUCCUCAAUGAGGUCAUGAGAAUCAUAGACCCCAACCCGAGGGUGGAGAGGCUGUACGACAGCCAGACAGACGACUACAUGCAACGAAUCCAGAACUUUUCCAUUUUAAAUCGACACCUCAGAGCCUUCUACCAGGAGGACCUUCAGCAGUUAAUACUAAUGCCUCUCCCCAGUGUCGCCAUCCUAGGGCAGGACCCUCUCACAGAGGCCGCCAUGGAAGAGCUGAGGCGCUUGCUGUUGCUCCUACUAGGAUGUGCAGUGCAGUGUGAACACAAAGAGACCUUCAUUCAGCAGAUCCAGUCUCUGGACAUUGAGACGCAGACUGCGCUGGCCAGCUGUAUUCAACAGGUGACUCAGGACCCACGGUCGGUGCUGCCCCUACAAUGGGAGGAGCUGUUGGAGGUGGAGGGUACAGAACUCAAGCUGGUGUUUAGCUCCAUGGCCAAACAGAUCCACAGCAUGCUGGCCCAGAGAGACGCACACUUGGAGCGCAUCGCAGAGUUGUGUAGGGAGCGAGAGACCGUGUUGGCACCUCCGGGUGGUCACAAUGAGGAGCCGCCCCAAGGUCUGGCACUGCAGCUGGCAGACAGCAAGGCCAAAGUCCGUCGCCUCAAACAACAACUGGACGAUAAAGGUGAUCAGUUAUUGGACUACAAGCAGGAGAUUGAGAUGAUGGAGGAAGAGCUCAAAAAGCUCCAGAAAAAGAACCGCUCCCUGCAAAAUGAGGCGAGGGGUGUGCGCGCUCUGCGGGACGAGCUGGAUUGCACUCGUGAGAGAGCUGCACGGGCCGAGCAUUUUCAGAAUGAACUUCAGAGCUGCAAACACAGACUGCGCAGCCUGGAGCUGACACGCACUCAGCUCAAGGAGCAGCAGCAGCUGUGUGCGGCAUUGCAGGAGACCAAAGCUCUUCUGGAGGGACAGCUGGCCGACGCAAGGCUCCGAUGCUCCACACUGAGGGAGCUGGAGAGGGACAAUCUUCUGCUGCGUCAGCGGAUUAUAGACAUAGAAACGGAGCGUGACACCGAGAGGCAGCGCGUUGAUGAGCUGCUGGAGAUGAACAUGGGCCUUGAGGCGGACCUGCGGCAGUGCGGCGUCAGCGGCGUCAGCGUUCCUUCUCCGGCGGCUACGCCCCACCGCCGUUUCCUCCAAUCAGAGGAGGACUCUGACGAGGAGCUGAGGGAGCUGAUUGAGCAGAAGCCCCUGAGUGUGGAAGUGGGCGAGGCGUCGGCGCUGAGGCUGCUGGGAGCUGAGCAGGAGAACGCGCAGCUGAGGAAACGUUUGGAGGAGCUGCAGGCCCAGCAGGAGUUUCACAACUUGAAGAAUGAAAAUGCCACUUUAAAGCGACAGCUGGAAGAGCUGAUGGCCAACCUGCAGCACGUGGAAAACAAGAGGCCAGACACUGCAGUGAAGAAGUCCGAGCAAGAGGAGAACGGCGACAGGGGGGUCCAGGGAUCUGAAUCCUGCAGGGGAGAGGGGGAAGGCAUGGUGAGGUUGAUGGAGGCGAGGGAGCGAAGACAAGAAAUCAUUGUGACACUGAGGGAAGCAGGGGUCGGGGAAGAGGUUCUCUAUGUUAGGGGGGAAGCAGAUGAGGAGGCCAAAGGGAGAGGAGAAGCAGAGGGGGACCAGAUAAACAUGCAAAAGGAUGAAGCACCAUUAGACAUCCAAAAACUUCUACAAAAUAGAGAAACCCAUGAAGAACCCACAACUGUAGAGCAGGCUGUAUGUGGUCCUUCUGGUGCCGAUGCUACUGUAAAAAUCCAUCUCCACGAGACCCAGAAGGAGGCUGACAGGCAGGCGGUGGUGGCCCAGGACCUGCGCUCCAAGCUGGGGGAACAGAGCAGGAAGACGUGGGAGGCUGAGCAGAGGCUGGUGCUCCUGGAGGCCGAGCUGCAGCACCUGAGGAAAGCUGCAGAGAAUCUCGGGGAGGCCCGCAGGCAGAUGGAGGUUCUGCAGUCAGAGGCUCGGGCCAUGGAGGAGGAGCUGUGUCGUCUGCGGAGCCAAGCCGAGCUUCACAGCAUGCAAACCACAGUUAUUGCCAGCCUGGAGGGGGAGCGGGCCGCGCUGGAGAGAGACAGGGACACGCUACGCAGCACCGUGGAUGCCCUGCGCAACGCCCAGUACAAGAACGACCAGUUAGCGUUGACCGCUCAGACGCUCAAGACCGAGCUGGAUCGACAGGCUCGCACCUUAGAGACCUCUCGCCGUCGGGAGGAAGAGCUGGAGGCGGAGCUGCGUGACGGCACCCUGGAGGCUCAAUCCGCGGCCCGCGUGCGGGACCAGGCGCUGCUGGACGUCUUGCGCCUGGAGCAGGAUAAAGAGGUGUGGCAGACAGAGGUGGACGGCCUACGGAAGGAAGCGAGGCAGCGGGAGAGGGAGGCGGCCAGACUGAGGCAGCAGCUGGAGAGCACCAACGCGGCCCUGGAGCACAGCAACCAGAGAGUGCGGGCCUUGGAUGCUGAUCACAGGUGUGUAUGUCAGCAGCUGUCUGAGUCCAAGGAGCUCUGCGCUCGAUUGCAGGGCCUGAAGAGUGAGCUCUGCACUCGAUUAGGCAGCCUGGAGGACAGUCAACAGCAGCUGCAGGAGCAGAAUGCACACGCACAAGCAAAGAUUAGGUCACUGAUGCAGGAUCUGACCAGCGAGCAGACUCGCUCUCACAAUCUCACCUCAGAAGUGCAACGUCUCAACCAGGAGCUCCAAAAAACCCAAACGGAACUAAAAAGCGCAACGGACUCUCUCAACCAAUCACAGGACAGAACUGAGCCGAGCGCAUGCUCUCUGAAUGAAAGCGGACCUCAGCUCCAGUCGGGAAUGAAGAGUGAUUCCAAUUCACACCCUUCAGGCCAAGUAAACUUUUGUCCGACGGGCACCCCUCAGUCCGCUGAAGACGACCAAGGUCACGACCUUGCUGUGACUCCCCAUGAUGCCACCGGGGAGGCCGAGAGGCAGCUCAGUAGGAGGCUGUUGGAGCUGGAAAAAGAGAGAGCUGUGACGCUGGCAGGACAGGAGGCUUUGUUGUCUCGUCUGUCCCAGUCCCAGGAGGCAUGCGAGCACCUGAGGGAGCAGCUGGAGGGUCUGCGCCGACACUCGCUCAGCCUGCAGGACUCGUGUACUCGACUGCAGACGCUCAACACUCAGCUACAGGUGGAACAAGCCACUUUGAACACCCAGCAUGCAGCGGUGCUGGCGCGCAGCAGCGAGAGCGAGGCCAGGUGCGCGGCGCUGCAGGCGGAGUCCAAGGUGUGGUCACGGGAGCGGGAGGAGUCCUCGGCCAGGAUGGAAGCCCUGCGGAGGGACCACGAGAGAAUGACUGCGUUGCAGCAGCGACAGGAGGCGGAGCUUGAAGAACUUCUGGACAAGCACUCUUGCCUACGCAGCAGCAACCGCAGUCUGGAGGCACAACACAGAGAGCUGGAGGCCGGCUACAAAGAGCUGCUGGAUGCUAAAAGCCAGCUGGAGGAGAGAGAGCGAGAGAUGAAAUCUGAGCGAGAGGAGAUGGAAGCCGAAGCCCAGCGCAGAUUGGAAAGAGAACGAGAGCUGGAGAGGCUGAAGGAAGACAGCCAGAGGCUCCACGCCCAGCAGAAGGAUCUGGUGGCGUCCCAGGCCGAACUGCUGGCCCAGGGCUCCAUGCUGAGAGGAGAGCUGAGCGCCUCUCAUCUGGAGAGGACUCGCCUGGAGGGGGAGCUCAGCACCCUGAGGGAAGCCAACCAAAGUCUGGAUCUCAGCAACGCCCGCCUCACCAGCCAGUACCAGCUACUGAGCCAGCUGAAGGGGAACAUGGAGGAGGAGAACCAGCAUUUAGCCGAGCAGAACCGGAGCCUGUCGGCGGAGAACCGGGCCUUACUGGAGCAGAGCCUGGAGCGCUGUGACCAGCACUACACGCAGCAGAAAGAAUAUCAGGAGAAGCUGAGUGAGCUCCGUCGGGAGAAGCAGAAGCUGGUGGAGAAGAUUAUGGACCAGUACCGAGUUCUGGAGCCUAAUGUGCCACCUUCGCCUUGGAAGGCCAAGAAAUCCAACUGGAUCGCAGACCGCAUGAAGAAGCUCAUUAAACCGCGGGGAGGAGCGCGAGAGGGACGCGGCCUCGUCACGGCCGCUGGCAGCGUGGAGAACCUGGCCGACGGCGGCCAAUUCACAUCAGACACACCUGAGUGCGAUCCUUGCAGCGCUCCAGGUUCUCCGUGCCCUCUAAGAAAAGCUCCAGUCCACUCAGAACCAGACAUUUCUCUUCCCGGCAACCCUGUCCCACGCUCUGGCUCGGGGGGUCGGCGGAAGUUGGGAUCCCGUCACGGUUGGGGUUUGACCAGAGGUGGCGCCGGAGUUUCUCAGUCCUUCAGUCCGGGCGACCAAAAGACCCCGCCUCGCUGUCGUCUGCUCUCCGGACAGAACACCUCCUCCUCCACCGUCCUCUGGGAGAGGGAAGGAGGCGAAACAAGCGCUCCCCGUCCGGUAGAGGACAGAGUGGGCAGUCGGGAGAGCCCUGAGGAGACGGAGGAAAGAGGAUGAGUGCCCUGAAGUCAGUCCUAGCAGGUGAUUGGUUUGGUUUGGUUUCAUUUUAUUUGAACAAGCAUGCAAGCUACAAUGGAAUACAGUACAUCACAUGAUUCAUUUUACAAUUCCACAUGUCCCAAAGCAAAGCUUAUUUAAUCCCACCGCCCAGUUGCAGUGCAGUACAUAUUAUUCACUUCCUGUGUUCCAUUUGUGAUUUUUAAUACAUAGAAUAUUAAUAAGGUAAUGUAAAAAUAUGAUGAUGUCAUUAUUAAGAUUUUUCCACGAUUGAUAUAAUAAUCAGUAUAAUAAGAAAUAAUAAGAAAUAGAAACAAGCAUAACAGAACAAUAAAUAAAAUAAGACAAGCAAGUUCAAGACUCUUCUGUCUUGUAUUGAGCAAACAUCAACUGCUUGAAUCGUUUUUGCAUUCGCUUGUCUUGGUGUUUGAGUUUCUUGCUCAAUCUGUUCCAUCAUUGAUUAUAGAGAAGUAUUGUAUGACAUUUUUGGGUAGCAGGUUAUUGUUAACUUUAUGCAUUAUUUUAGCGAUUUGAAAAUUUACUAAAUCAGCAAAUUUUAAUAUUUGUGAUUUUAAAAAUAAAGGAUUUGUAUGUUCUCUAUACGCGGCAUGAUGAAUUAUCCUCACCCAUCUUUUUUGCAGUACAUUUAGUGAGUGAAGAUUGCUUUUAUAAUUAUUGCCCCAUAUUUCCACACAAUAAGUUAGAUAUGGUAAUACCAAAGAGCAGUAAAUAAGUUAGACAUGUUAAUACCAAAGAACAGAAAAUAAGUUACAUAUGGUAAUACCAAAGACAUGGUAAUACCAAAGAACAGAAAAUAAGUUACAUAUGGUAAUACCAAAGAACAGAAAAUAAGUUACAUAUGGUAAUACCAAAGAGCAGUAAAUAAGUUAGACAUGGUAAUACCAAAGAACAGUAAAUAAGUUACAUAUGGUAAUACCAAAGAACAGAAAAUAAGUUAGAUAUGGUAAUACCAAAGACAUGGUAAUACCAAAGAACAGAAAAUAAGUUACAUAUGGUAAUACCAAAGAGCAGUAAAUAAGUUAGACAUGGUAAUACCAAAGAACAGAAAAUAAGUUACGUAUGGUAAUACCAAAGAACAGAAAGUAAGUUACAUAUGGUAAUACCAAAGAGCAGUAAAUAAGUUAGACAUGUUAAUACCAAAGAACAGAAAAUAAGUUACAUAUGGUAAUACCAAAGACAUGGUAAUACCAAAGAACAGAAAAUAAGUUAGACAUGGUAAUACCAAAGAACAGAAAAUAAGUUACAUAUGGUAAUACCAAAGAGCAGUAAAUAAGUUAGACAUGGUAAUACCAAAGAACAGUAAAUAAGUUACAUAUGGUAAUACCAAAGAACAGAAAAUAAGUUAGAUAUGGUAAUACCAAAGACAUGGUAAUACCAAAGAACAGAAAAUAAGUUACAUAUGGUAAUACCAAAGAGCAGUAAAUAAGUUAGACAUGGUAAUACCAAAGAACAGAAAAUAAGUUACGUAUGGUAAUACCAAAGAACAGAAAGUAAGUUACAUAUGGUAAUACCAAAGAACAGAAAAUAAGUUAGAUAUGGUAAUACCAAAGAACAGUAAAUAAGUUAGACAUGGUAAUACCAAAGAACAGAAAAUAAGUUAGAUAUGGUAAUACCAAAGAACAGAAAAUAAGUUAGAUAUGGUAAUACCAAAGAACAGUAAAUAAGUUACACAUGGUAAUACCAAAGAACAGAAAAUAAGUUAGAUAUGGUAAUACCAAAGAACAGUAAAUAUGUUAGACAUGGUAAUACCAAAGAACAGUAAAUAAGUUAGAUAUGGUAAUACCAAAGAACAGUAAAUAAGUUAGACAUGGUAAUACCAAAGAACAUAAAAUAAGUUACACAUGGUAAUACCAAAGAACAGUAAAUAAGUUAGACAUGGUAAUACCAAAGAACAGUAAAUGAGUUACACAUGGUAAUACCAAAGAACAGUAAAUAAGUUACACAUGGUAAUACCAAACAGUAAAGAGUGUGGAGUGAUUUUUGAUCAAGAACACAUUCCUUUAUUCAAUAUUGAAGUGUUUCUCACCUUCUGUUGUAUAUUUUUGAUGUGAGGUUUCCAGCUUAUAUUUUCAUCUAUUAUGAUCCCCAGAAAUGUACUGUAUUUUCAUUCACCCUUUCAAUGUCCACUCCGUCUAUUUUUAGUUGGUCAUACAUGUCCUCUCUGCUAUUUCCAACAGCAUUAUGUCUUUUUCUUCAAUCUCUUUUUUGAGAGUGGCUCUCAGUGCUGUAUUACUUUCCUGUAAUUCCUUGAUGCAGGUUUCAAAUGCAGGUUUUUCAUAGAUUGUGAUUGAAAGUAUGACAAUUGUUUACAUUUUUAUGUAUAGUUUACAGCCAAGGCUGGUUAAAACAUAAAUAAAUAAUUGUGUCACCAUAAAUAUAAAUUAAAUGUAGACAAUGUUAUGGGGAAAAAAUAAAAAUCAUGAGUAAGAAAUAGUUUUUCAGAGAAGCAUUAAUAUAACAGCAUGUUUAUUAUUGCGGUUGUGGUGUGCAUCACACUGAGAGCUGUUUCUAAUAUUUUGGUGACAUUAUUCAGAUAAAUGUGAGAGUGAAUUUAUUCUCUGCAGUGUCAGACACACCCUAAAAAUGCAC